GGGAGGGUUAGCGUGGGAGGGAGGGACACUCUCAGAGCAGUCGGAGCGACACUGGGAAGGAUAAAGAAAGGGGAGUGAGAAGAAGGAGAGAGACUGAAAAAGAAAGGAGAGGAGAAAGGAGGAGAGAAGGCUUUCUAGAGAGGAGACAGGAGGAGAGACUGGGAAAGAGAAAGGGAGAGAAGAAGGAAGGGGAAAGUCACAGAGUGACCCUAGAGGAUGAGGCUUCUCUAUUCCAGAUACUUCUAAGAUUGAAGACUGUUUGCUAGUGGGGAGACUCCGGCUCCGGCAGCCAGUUGGGCAGCGGCAAAGUAAAAUGGACAGUGAGAAACAGACGUUCCAGCCACCUCUCCAACGCCCAGAGGUCCCGGAGCUGUUCUCUGGCGAACUCCUUUCCCAGCUGGAGUCUCUGAGCCUGCUAGACCAAGGGAGCCCAGGGAGCGCCUGGAAGCUGCUCCUCGGAGAUGCCCUCGCCUGAGCAGUAAGAACUUCCUACUUGAGUCCCUGCAUUCCCUCCACCUGAAACUCCCCAGGAGAGAGGGGUGGAAGACCCCAGGGGGAGGGGCGAGGGGGAUCCUAACGCAGCACUUUCUCCCCUCCUCCUCCGCCCGCCGGGCGCGCAGGCAUGGAUGUGCUCAGCCCGGGACAGGGCAACAACACCACCUUGUCUGAGGGUCCCUUCGGGACACGCAGCAACGCCACUGGCAUCUCCGAUGUUACCUUCAGCUACCAAGUGAUAACCUCCCUGCUGCUGGGCACGCUCAUUUUCUGCGCGGUGCUGGGCAAUGCGUGCGUGGUGGCCGCCAUCGCCCUGGAGCGCUCCCUGCAGAAUGUGGCCAACUAUCUCAUCGGCUCGCUGGCUGUCACCGACCUCAUGGUUUCAGUGCUGGUGCUGCCCAUGGCUGCGCUCUACCAGGUGCUCAACAAAUGGACGCUGGGGCAAGUCACCUGUGACCUAUUCAUUGCCCUCGACGUGCUGUGCUGCACCUCGUCCAUCCUGCACCUGUGCGCCAUUGCACUGGACAGGUACUGGGCCAUCACGGACCCCAUCGACUACGUGAACAAGAGGACGCCCCGGCGCGCCGCCGCGCUUAUCUCGCUCACUUGGCUCAUUGGCUUCCUUAUCUCCAUCCCGCCCAUGCUGGGUUGGCGCACCCCCGAAGACCGCUCGGACCCCGACGCGUGUACGAUUAGCAAGGACCACGGCUACACUAUCUACUCCACCUUUGGCGCUUUCUACAUCCCACUGCUGCUCAUGCUGGUUCUCUACGGGCGCAUCUUCCGAGCUGCGCGCUUCCGCAUCCGCAAAACAGUCAAGAAGGUGGAGAAGAAGGGAGCAGACACUCGCUUGGGGGUGUCGCCAGCCCCUCAGCCCAAGAAGAGCGUAAACGGCGAGCCCGGGAGCAGGGAAUGGAGGCAGGGUGUGGAGAACAAAGCAGGGGGGGCUCUGUGCACCAAUGGCGCGGUGAGGCAGGGUGACGACGGCGCCGCCCUGGAGGUCAUUGAAGUGCACCGGGUGGGCAACUUCAAAGAGCACCUUCCGCUGCCCAGCGAGGCGGGUGCUAUCCCUUGCGCCCCCGCCUCCUUCGAGAAGAAGAAUGAGCGCAACGCGGAGGCCAAGCGCAAGAUGGCCCUGGCCCGAGAGAGGAAAACGGUGAAGACGCUGGGUAUCAUCAUGGGCACAUUCAUCCUCUGCUGGCUGCCCUUCUUCAUCGUGGCCCUGGUCCUGCCCUUCUGCGAGAGCAGCUGCCACAUGCCCACUCUGUUGGGCGCCAUAAUCAACUGGCUGGGCUACUCCAACUCUCUGCUCAACCCUGUCAUUUACGCCUACUUCAACAAAGACUUCCAAAACGCGUUUAAGAAGAUCAUCAAGUGCAAGUUCUGCCGCCGAUGAUGGUGGGGGAGUAGUAGGCGAGUAGGCCCGCCCCAUCCUUUCUGCCUCUUCCAGCCCUCUGGAAUCAACACCUCUGAUAACUCGCUACUUUUCUUCUGACUUUCUCGGCUGCUCCGGGUCCCCUGCUUCCAGAUCUCGUCCCUCCCCGCCCGUCGCCCAAUCCCCUGCUCGGAGGGAGCGCGUUUUGUGCAAAGAGCCCCAGCGGAGGGUCUGGAGGGCGUGGGGAACUCCCUGGUCUGUGUUAAGCGACCUUGGCUCAGACUUUGGGCUCAGAAUCAGUUUUGAUCCCUGCACUUGCCUCCUCCCUCUUCUGCACCCCAGAUUUUCGCGGCGGAAGUUUAAGCCUCAGUCGUUCAAGGCAAAAAAUCUACACAGAAAAAUAAACUGUACACCCAGCUGCCGCGCCCACUAACGGCCCCCACCUGAUCGCCCCACUGCUAGAACUUGGGUUUAAGGUUCAGGAGUUUGCUUCAUUCCCUAUUCCCCCCCUCAGUUUCAUCCCUUCUUUCCGUCUUCUCUUUAUGCCUUCCCCAGUCCCUAUGCAUAGGUUUGCUAGUCGGGAAAAGCCGGAGGGUCUGUUUUCCCCAGUGACUGUGGCGUCCCUGGGAAUCCCCGCCUCCCUGUGUAGACUUGCAGAGUAACUCUUCCGCGCACAGCCCCCUGCUCUGUUUUCAUGGACUCGAAACAAGUGGCCAGAAGCUGCCUCUCAGAAUGGACUUAACGGUGUUGCAAAAGUUGCCAAUGGAAAGUUCACGUGUGUUUAGGAUUAAGACCUUGAAAAGACAGCUCUGUCGCCGAAGCCAUUUUCUUGUUUGUCAACAGAAUAAAGCCUCCAUUUGGUAUCUCUUUCUCCAACUGAAACUGAGAAUAAACAUCAUACCCAGUUAAGAUAAAGGGUAAGAACUCUGGACAUUCAGUGGAUGGUUUGUUUAUGCAUGUGUAAUGCUGAGAAGGGGCUAGGGUGAUAAGGUAGACUUCUUUCUUCAGUCCAAAAAUUUUUCAUUUGAAAAUUCAAUUUCUUUUUUUACUCAUAAUAAUUUCAGUACAACUGUAUGAAAAAAAUAGACCUUUCUGUAUGUCUUCCUUAAUUAUAGAACAGAGCAUAUAUGUAAAAUAAUUCAAGCUCAAAAUUUGUUUAUCUAAAUUAUGCCUUGGCCAGCAAGUAUUACAUUCAAAGUCUUGAGUCUUCCAUUUACUUGUAUCUCUUACAGAACUCUAUGGCAAUGGUUUUUGGACAUUUAUUCUUCCUACUUCGGAGGAAUUAUAUCAAAAUGAGGAAGAAGCAUCCAGUUGGAGUAUAAUUGCCAAGGCAACAGAGAAAUUUGGGGC